AUGCCUUACUUCCACAUCAUCGCUCCUCAAAUCCCCGCCGACCGAAAGGAUGAGUUCCUUGCGGCCUGGCCUACCAUGAGCGCCGACAUCAAGGCUCAGCCCGGCGUGGCUGGUGUUUCCGCGGGUGCGGUUGUUGCCGAGGACGGCGCUGCUGUCACCGAUUUCAAGUUUGUUCAGUGUAUUGCGUUCAAGACUGCUGAGGAUGUUGAGACGUUCAAGAAGUCCUCGUGGGCUCAGGAGCGCAAAGCCAGAUACGAGAGCAAGGCCGGAAGUGAGAUUGUCGCCGGCGAAUUCGAAGUUGCCGACUUCCCCGUCGACGCCACGCCAAAGGCAUUCGUUCAGUUCACCACCAUUGUGUUUGGUGAGAGCGGUGACCGUCCUGAAGUCUCCAAGGCUUGGGUGGAUCUCACUACCGCUCUUGGCAAGGAUACUUGGGGCGGUAAGAGCAUCGGAGACGGACCGACUGUCGGAUUGGGAAUGAUCGGAUGGGACAGUGUUGAGGAAGCUGGAGUCGCUUUCAAGGAGCCCCAGGCGGCUAGUGCCUUUGCGGCGUACAAGGCCUUGGGACAGACACGAAACCUCAUUGUUCAGAUGCAGCUGUGA